AUGCGUUACGUGGCAUUCAGCAAAAAUUACGUUUAUAACUACAGUUUUCUAGCCGAAUAUUAUAAGGAUUAUGAUUCAUUUGUGGAACACAGAAGUUUGACCAUUGGACUUUUAACUAUGCUAUCAGUAUGUAUUAUGAUCGGACCUUUGGGAAAUAUCGCGAUCAUUGGAGCCAUAUACACCAAUAAGGUAUUGUGGAAACCGCUAAAUUUAUUCAUAAUCAAUUUGUCACUAGCCGAUCUAGUAAUCGUUACCUUUAUCAGUGCUACAUCAAUUACAGGUCUAAUGAUAGGCCAUCAAGUUUUUCUCCAAAAUCAUUCAUUAUGCAAUUUUGUGGCGAACGUGUGCCUUACCGCGUGUGUUGCUCAACUUUUAACCCAUGCAGUCAUCGCAAUUACCAGAUAUAUCUCUAUUCGUUAUCCUACAACCUUUAUUAAUAAUGCAACAUGGAAGUCUACUAGUAUCGCUUGCGCCCUCAUAUGGAUCAUAGCGUUUAUGCUGCAAUUCCCACCAGAUGUGGGUUGGGGAAGGAACGUUUUAGACCUUAAAGCCAUGAUUUGUAUAUGGGACAGGACAUAUUCCAUAGGUUACACCCUUUAUUUUGCUAUAGUCUAUGUUUUCAUUCCGAUGUCCAGCAUAUUUUUUUGUUAUGUCAUGCUUUACUUGCACAUCCGAAAAAUUCGUCGAAACAUAGACUCCCAAUCGAAAAAUGAUCUAUUCAAAAUUUACACAUCAAUGAGUAGGAAAAGAUGGAAACAAGAAAUCAAACUAGCUAAAACACUAUGCGCCCAUUUUGCUAUAGUGUUUAUUCUUUGGGGACAAUACGCUUUCAUAGUGAUAUUCGAUUACCGUAAUAGGCUUCCUACGGUGGUGCAUGCCAUUUCCAUUCAAGUCGCGCAUUCGAUCGCUGUUGUCAACGUGUUCGUUUACAUUUUCAAUCGUUCUUUCCAAGACGGUAUGAUAGCUUUUCUCACUCGAAAAUCCAUGAGACUCAUAUUAUCUGGAACGGGAACAACAGAGGUUGCAGCAACCAGCAUAACAAAAUCUGAAACAAAGACAAAAUUUUUUAACAAUACUGUCAAACCAAUUAAGAAAUCAACAUCAAAUGGUCAUAGCAAAGACUCUAAUCUGCAAUUAUAAUGCGCAUAAGACAUCAAGGAAACUUGGA